AUGCAUAUUGCCGAUCGAGCCAUUCCCGCCGACUCCACGGUCGUGGUAGUGGGAGCCAAUGGAUACAUCGCCGUGGAAACCUGCGAGAAGCUCCUCGACGCUGGCUAUCAGGUCCGCGGGACCGUACGCGAUGUGGACCGACAUCGAAUCUGGAUGCAUGCACUAUUCGACGCGCAGUGGCCGGACAAGUUCGAGCUCGUUCAAGUGGCCGAUUUCGAAGACGAGGGGGCCUUCGAGGCGGCCUUUAAUGGAGCCUCAGGCGUCAUCUACCCGUCCAUGCCGGUCAUCUUCGAUGCCGAUCCCACCAAGGUAGUCGACCCUCUGAUCCGAGGGGUGGUCAACACCCUCGAAGCCGCCGCUCGCGCCGGGGUCCAGCGCUAUGUUCUGAGCUCCAGCUCCAAAGCGGUCCAGUCGACCGUCUACAACGAGCCCCAGCCCCACGAGAUCCGCGUCGACACCUUCAACCACCAAGCCAUCCAGCAAGUCCGCAGCGGACCGGUGGACGCCUCCUUCGAGCGCAAGCUCGCCGUCUACAGUGCCGGCCGGACCCGAGCCGAGCCGAGCUUCUGGAACUGGGUCCAGCAGAACAACCCACCCUUCGUGGCCAACUGCAUCGUACCGGAUGGCCAGUUCGGGCGCGUGCUGGAUGUGAACAACCUUCACACCGGCCCGACCUCGUCGACCGGGCAGUUGAUCCGGGCCCUCCGCGGAGAAUGGGCGGAAGUCGGUCUUGACCUUGCCUUCAUCACAGACGUCCAGGACACGGCGCGUCUCCUGGUCGCGGCCGUUGCGUCCGUGUCGAUCGAGAACGAGCGCGUCUUCUCCUACUCCGUCAACCGCACCUGGACCGAUAUCCGGCGCAAAGUUCGCGAGUUGUUUCCCGAUCGUCCGGAGCUGGUGCAGGGACCGGAUCAGGGUCGGCCGGGGAGAGACGUGUCUGCUGCGCCAGGGCCCAUUGCGCGCGCGGAGGAGAUUUUGCGGACCAUGGGACGGCCGGGGUUUACCGGGGAGGGUCAGAUCAUUCGGGAUUUUGUGGACUCGGUCUUUCCUUAG